ACGUUGCCACUUGCCAGCUGUGUGUCCGUUUCAGCUCUGCUGUGUGUAAGUGUGUGUGUGUAUGUGUGUUUGUGCGUGCGUGGGUCUGCCGCAAAAAAUAUAAAAAAAAGGAUUUCGGAAUUUCGACUUGGAUUUCGACCGGAACACGAAAGGAACUGCGAUGCGUGUGGAAGCUAUGUGGUGCAUGCUGCUGGGCAGCCUGCUGCUGUGGAGCGGCAGCGCCCACGCCUGGCACUCCGAGGAGCUGGAGAUCUUCGAUUUGGUGGAGGAAGUGAAUCGCAACUUUUACGAAUUCAUGGGAAUCAAUCAAACAGCCACCGGGGCAGAGGUGAAGCGUGCCUUUCGCACACUCUCGAUUGUCCUGCAUCCGGACAAGAAUCCCGCCGAAGAUGCCAACAUUCAGUUUCGCAACUUAGUCUCCAUCUACGAGGUCCUCAAGGAUCCAUCGCGGCGGGAGAAGUACGACCGGGUGCUCAAGGAGGGCAUGCCCAACUGGAAGUCAGCAUUGUAUUACUAUCGUCGCAUGCGCAAGAUUGGCCUAUAUGAGGGUGCCUUCAUCCUGUUCCUAAUCAUCACCGUGGGCCAGUAUCUGUUCGCCUGGGCGGCAUACCUCGAGAAGAAGUACACCGCCGAGCAGGUGUUUGGCACCAAGCUGAAGAAGUUGCAAAAGAAGAACAAGAACAUUGACAUGGAUGUGAUACUCAGCGAAAUACCAAUGCCCUCGCUGCUCAACACACUGCCCAUUCAAAUACCGCUGGCACUGUGGAAUAUGCCACGAACCAUCAAGAAUGGCUUCAGCAAGGCCAAUGAGCUCAAGGAGCUGGCACUGGAGAAGCGCAGGCAAGAACUAGAGGCCGCUCGACGCCAAGAGGAACUGGAACGGGAGGCCGAGGAGCAGGCACGCCUGCGCAAGGAGCAUAAGGAGAACCUGAGGAAGCGCAAGCAGAACAGCAAGGCCCCGGAGAAAACCGAGGAGGAACUGCGUGGCUAUUCACAAAUUCAGGCCCGUGAGAUGACCGAUGAUGAUGCCGUGCGUCCUGCUUCCCAAAAGAGCUCUGUGAGCGGUGGUUUCUGGACAGACGAGGAUCUCACCGAACUAAUUCGCCUGGUCAAGAAGUAUCCCGGUGGAGCUGGUAGCCGCUGGAAUACCAUUGCCGAGUCCAUGAACCGCAGCGUUCAGGAGGUCACCUUUAUGGCGGCCAAAAUGAAGGAGAAUGGUUACCGGAUUCCCGGCCAAACGGACAGUGUGGCCGAGAAUCUUGUUCAGGAGUCCCAGCAGGCUCAGCGCAAGGAGAAGGUCAAGAAGUCUGCGACAACGGCGGCAGCGCCUUCAGCUACUUCCGCCUCCGGGGAGAAGAGCAUGCUCAUUCCGGAGACCAACUGGACGCAGGAGCAGCAGCGUGCUCUUGAAGCGGCCAUUGUCAAGUACCGGAAGACAGCCGGUGGGGAUCGUUGGCAAAAGAUUGCCAACAGUGUGCCAGAGAAGACCAAGGAGGAGUGCCUGGUGCGCUACAAGUAUCUCUGCGAGCUGGUCAAGACGCAGAAGCGGGCCGAGGAGGAGGCCAACGAGCCGAGCGACGAUGUGGCCGUCGUCGAGGAGGUGCUGCCAGAGGAGGAGCCAUCCCAGCCAGCAGAAGCGCCAGAAGAAGCUGCGGCGCCUGCAACCAAAAAGCUGAGCAAACGGGAGCAGCGUCGCCGGAAGCGAGAUCUCUCCAGUGGCGAGGACUCGGACGAUGCAUAUCAGUACGAGAUCAGUUAGAUCCAAAAUCACCUGCUAAGGCAGUUCCUCGCGUGGCUCAAACCUAGUUGUAAUUGAAUUUUUUUUAUACUUUGCAUUAAAGACGACUCUCUGACCUGGCAUUGGAACCAUUCUACGCAUUCUCCAUUUCCAUAAUCGUUUCCCUUUUCCUUUUUCCCCUCAGAAGUGCUUACCUUGCGUUUUGUACAUAUUUAAAUUUUGUAAACCAAUCUGAAUGUUGAUUGAUUCCUUUGCUAAGUAAACGAACUGUGGAAGGAAGUGGA